AUGCAGUCCGCCGCCGACAACUCGGACACCAUGGUGGGCUCGUUCAGAAGGAUGAACCAGAUUGGCAAGGGAAGCUUCGCGACCGUCUACAAGGGCGUCCACAUAAAGAAACGGGAGCUCGUCGUAGCCAUCAAAUCGGUCGACACGACCAAGCUCAACAAGAAGCUCAAGGAUAAUCUCUCAACUGAAAUCCAGAUUCUCCGCAAUUUGACCCAUCCGCACAUCGUCGCGCUCAUCGACUGCAAGGAGGUACCCAAGUACAUACACAUCGUGACCGAGUUCUGUGAGCUUGGUGACCUGUCGAGCUUCAUCAAGAAGCGAGCAACCCUUGCAGAUCACCCCGCCACUGCACACAUGAUGAAGAAGUAUCCCAACCCUCCGGUCGGUGGUCUGAAUGAGGUUCUCUGCCGUCACUUCUUGAAGCAGAUCGCAAGUGCGCUCGAGUUCAUCCACGCCAAGAACUACGUUCACCGCGACCUGAAACCCCAGAACCUUCUUCUCAACCCCUCGCCUCUGUACUAUCAGACCUAUCGUCCGAAUGAGGUCCCCUAUGCUGCUGCGGCGGACUCGAUGGUUCCAGCCGUUGGUAUCGCCUCCCUGCCCAUGCUCAAGGUCGCCGACUUCGGAUUCGCCCGCUGGCUCCCUAAAUCAUCGCUUGCGGAGACUCUCUGCGGUUCUCCCCUUUACAUGGCCCCGGAGAUUCUUCGCUACGAGAAAUACGAUGCAAAGGCUGACCUGUGGUCCACCGGAACUGUUCUGCACGAGAUGCUCGUUGGAAAGCCGCCGUUCCGUGCAUCCAACCACGUUGAGCUGCUCCGUCGUAUCGAAAAGCAGGACGACAGGAUCAGCUUUGGUGAAAUUCCGAUCAGCAGAGACAUGAAGAACAUCGUACGAGCCCUCCUGAAAAAGACCCCAACAGAAAGAAUCUCUCACGAGAAGUUCUUCUCUGACGUGGUCAUCGCCGGCGAAAUUCCUGGCUUGCACCCCGAGGAUGCAGCUCAGGGCUCUAUUCAUGAGUCCUUGGGACGAUCGGCUGACGAGAGACGUGCUCCGAUGAACGAGCAAGUUGCUACGCCCCAGCCUACAGAGAUGGAAAUGACUCCUAGGCACAGAGUUGCUUCAGGAACAACCCCGCCUCAACGUUCCUCGCCCCGCCCCACCAUCGCAGGACCAUCGUCAUCCAACCAACCAGUCAGACGCGUCAGCAAUGCUACAGCUCCGACUCAGGACCGCCCGCCCUCUGCUCAGGCAGAGCGCCGUCCCACGGUAACGCACCACGCCACCGCUCCUGCCAAAGCACCCUUGGUCCAAGAACGGCCUACUGCGGCGGCUGUCACCAUGAACAGACGAAGCAGCCGCCAUUCGCCUUCACCAAGUUCCUCGGCCCUCCGAGAUCACCUCGACACGCAACGUAACCCUCAGAGGUCUGAUGAAAGGGCAUCUCGAGAGGCAAAGGAGCGUGCCGCUCAGGAUGUUGCCUUCGAGCGUGACUACGUCCUUGUGGAAAAGCGCACGGUCGAGGUGAAUGCUUUUGCCGAUGAAUUGGCGGCCAGUCCUCAAUUCAGCAGAGAUCACCCGCCGCAGCAAGGAGCAAUGGUCCGGCGAGCAACGACGCAGGGCACACCGACGUCCACGACUGGCGCCCAAAGCAACACCUCCCGUGCGAUCCAGAUCGCAACAGGCAGGCGUCCCGAAUCACUUCAUCACAGGAACAGCUCCUAUGAAAGACGCUACGGGGCUAGCCCGGGUUCUGCCACGUCUGCUAUCUCCAAAGCCCUCAACAUGGCCAGCUAUAGGAUUUUUGGAACCGGUGCUUCUCCUCCCGGUCGCGGCCCUUCUCCGCCGAAGGGUUACACACAGUUCCCCAUGUAUCCUACGGCCCAAAGUAGCAUGCUGGUCAUCGGUGAUGGAGGCAAAACAACUACCGACAAGUCUAGGGACAAAGAUGUGAGGGUUCUCGAGGUCGUGGAAGAACUCGCUCAACGCAGCCAUGUGAUCUAUGGUUUCGCCGAGGUUAAGUACAGACAAUUGCUGCCUCCACCUCCCAGUGACCAAGGGCUGGGCAUUGUUCAGGGCACUCAUCCUCGCACAGACGAUGAGGAGGAUGCCCUAGACGAGGAUCUGACCGUGGAUGCAAUUUUGACUAUCUCAGAAGAGGCGCUAGUCUUGUAUGUCAAGGCUCUGGCUCUCUUGGCCAAGUCAAUCGACCUCGCGGGUAGUUGGUGGGGACAGCGCAACCGUGGAGAAGUUAUCGGCGAUAGUCAUACGUCGCGCCCUUCCGGAAACUCCAACGUUGCAGCCGUCGGCACAAAAAUGAAUCAGAUCGUGCAAUGGGUGCGCACACGUUUCAAUGAGUGCGUGGAGAAGUCCGAAUUCGUCGGACGUAAGCUCCUUGACGCCCAGAAACAGCUGCCACUCGAUCAUCCGGCUCAUCCCAACAACCUACCCUCCAACUCGACCUCAACCACAAGCGCAGGUACUUCUGUGGAAAACAUUCAUCUUCCCACGGGAAUCACAGCUGAGAAGCUCAUGUACGACCGAGCUAUCGAAAUGAGCCGAGCCGCGGCUGUGAACGAGCUCGUCGGUGAAGACCUGCCAGGUUGCGAGCUGAACUACACGACGGCGAUCCGCAUGCUCGAAGCCAUAUUCGAAAGCGAGGAGGAAAUGCUGGGCCGCAAAUCAGGCAACAAGAAGCAAGACGAUGAUGUCAUUCAAGGACUGGAGGAGGAAGAUAGAGCGUCUGUUCUGAAGUUGAUUGAGAGCAUGAGGGCCAGACUCAAAGCGCUGCGCAAGAAGAUCGAAAUCCAGAGGUCGCAGAAGCGAGCCUCACUGACAGGGCCAGGCAGAGGUUCACCCUCAUCGACGCCUGUUGCAGCCAACGCAUCACCCCGCUGA